AUGACUUCACAAUCAACGGCUAUUCAGCCAUUCUCUACACCAUCCACCCAGAAGCUCUCUAUUCUCCAUGGCCCCUCUGAUCCUCCUCUCGUCGAUCUGACACUUGGUGAGCUUCUUGAGCUUCAAACGUACCAAUACGGCACCAAAGAAUGUCUCGUUAUUCCAUGGACCGGCGCGCGAUGGACAUAUUAUGAUCUCAACCAGCAAAGCUCGGCAUUGGCCCAGUCCCUGUUGGGUAUGGGCAUUGGAGUCGGCGACCGCGUUGGCAUCAUGGCUGGCAACUGUGAGCAAUAUGCCGCAGUAUUCUUUGCCGUCGCCAAGAUUGGCGCCAUCCUCGUCAUCUUGAAUAACACUUACACGGCAACCGAGGCCAAGUACGGCCUCAACUUUUCAGAUUGCAAGGUGUUUUUUACCACAAAGACAAUUGGCCGUACAGACAACACUCGGCUGCUGCAGGACCUGCACAAUGAGGCUUCUCCGAUCAAAGUCGUCAUCUUACGGGGGGAGCGCGGCAAUUACACGACAUAUGAUGAGCUCGUGAAGGCAGGCUCUCGAAAAAACCAUGAUAGGCUACAUCGAGUCAUGAGCAAAGUGCUACCUCACCAGGUUGUCAAUCUGCAGUUUACGAGCGGCACGACGGGUUUGCCAAAGGCGGCAAUGCUCACUCACCAUAAUUUGGUUAACAAUUCUCGGUUCAUCGGCGAUCGAAUGCGUCUAACCCAUGAAGACGUCCUUUGCUGUCCGCCACCGCUUUUCCACUGUUUCGGUCUUGUCCUUGGACUUUUGGCGAUUAUCACCCACGGUGGAAAGAUUGUCUAUGCAGCUGAGGUCUUUGACAUUCCUUCUACACUAAAAGCCAUCUCAGACGAAGAAUGCACCGCUAUCCACGGCGUACCAGCCAUGUUCGAUUCCCUGUUCCAAGCUGAGCUUCCACCCAAUUUCAAAUGCGACAAGCUCCGCACGGGCAUCAUUGCCGGCGCACCGGUUCCACGAUAUCUCAUGGAACUUCUGGUAAAUCGCUUUGGCAUGACCGAAUUCACUAGCAGCUAUGGCCUUACAGAGGCUUCCCCAACGUGUUUCAAUGCCUUCACCGACGACGCAAUGACAAGGAGAUUGACCACUGUGGGCACUCUUAUGCCUCAUGCGCAGGCCAAGCUUGUUGACCGUGAUGGCAAUAUUGUUCCCAUUGGAGAGAGGGGAGAGCUUUGCAUUGCUGGCUACCAAUUGCAAGCCGGAUACUGGAAUAACUCGGAAAAAACCAACGAGACUAUGGUGCGAGACGCUGCGGGUGUCCUGUGGCUGCACACAGGCGACGAGGCCGUCUUUGACGAAGAUGGAUACUGCUCGAUCACAGGCAGAUUCAAGGACAUUAUUAUCAGGGGUGGUGAGAACAUUUAUCCUUUGGAGAUUGAAGAGCGUCUCAUGGGCCACCCCUCCAUCUCGCGUGCAAUCGUCGUCGGGCUCAAGAACAAGCACUACGGAGAAGUCGUCGGAACAUUCCUCGAGCUAGGCGAUGGCCAUGGCAAGCCUACAGACCAAGAAAUUAGAGAUUGGGUCCGCAAAACGCUGGGAAAUCAUAAGGCUCCGACGCAUAUAUUCUGGCUGGGUCACGAUGGUGUGCCUGCGGAUGUGCCUCUGACAGGAAGUGGGAAAAUCCGGAAGUUUGAGAUGGCGAAGUUGGGUGACGAGAUUUUGAGCAAAAUGGCUAAAACAUCUAAGCUUUAG